UCACUGCGGAAACGAGAUUUAGAACGGAUCGGAAUUAUGUAUGUUUAGAGGCUGUAAACGGAAUGUAAACGGACAAUGCCAAACAAGCAUAUUCCUACCCGUCUAGAUCGAAAAAGGUACUCGUUUGAGAACUAAAACCGACUCUGAAUAUUAGGGAUUUGCAGGGAUAGGGUUUGUUGCCUUAGUAUCUAAACCAACUCGGUAUCAGACCAGGUUAUAAGGAUCCGCACGUCUACUUUAUGUCUGGAUUUAUGCAUAAACGGAUCCGCUUCUAUUCUGAAUAGACAUGUGCCGUAUCAAAGAACUCGUCCUGCUAGGUCCCCACAUAUGCUCCCCGGUCCUUGAUAUCCCCCACCACCUUGCACGCCAGAAUGUAUGGGUUCCAAGGCCAACAGACUCAGAGACGCCCGAGUGGUGCUCCCGCUCCUGAUUCUCAGCAGCCAGCACUGGUAGGGGCAGGAGAAGCAUAUCCUCAAUAUAAUAUACCCCAGGUCGCCGGGAAAGUGUCGUAUCAGCCGCCUCAACACGAUCCAUACUUCAGUGGUAAUGUACCUCAAUUUGAGAUGUCAGGCAAUGGACAGCACGGUGACCACAACACCAGCGGCGCAUUCGCUGGGGGACCUAUGUACCAAGAUCAUUUAAACAACAGGCUUCGUUCCACCAGUCCGCAGCACUCACCCGAUAUGCGUCAGCCAUCCCCGUAUCCUUUUUUCGGUGCACACCAGACACCCGUCUGGUCCAUGCGAGCUGGUAGCGUGCCACAGAAUUUCAGCUCAAAUAGUACAUCCUCUCGAGGCGAAACACCAUACCGUCAUUUCGCAGGAGACUCGGGUAGUGAGGCAUCUUCGCGGGCACCAUCUGUUGUUCCUGGAAGCGAGGAGUAUCAAGCUAUGAUGCUAUAUUCAAUGGGUCGACAGCCUGCCACUCACCUUCCGCACGUGAACCAGAACGUGAAUAGGCGAAAUGGGGCACUUGAGCAGUCGCCAAAUUUGAAUGAGACCGUUGCAUAUCUUGUCACAGAGGUCAAACGACUGACCGAACACGCACAGCACACCGAUAAGGAGCUCGUUCGUGGGUCCCGGACGCAUCGUUUCGAAGGUAAAAGUAAAAGCUUGUACAUGAGCUGGCAACUCGAGCCUGAUAGUAUUUGACAUAGCGCUCGAGUUACGGACUUAGCGAAAUUUUCGAAAAACUCACCUUGCUUCAAGUCUACCCUAAGCAGACAUCGAGAAGUUGAAUUUACUGGGCUGGAUAGUGGUGGAAUAGCAGGUAUCUGAAGAGAAUAAACGGAGGUCCGAAAAAGUGUGUUGGUGAAGUUGGAAAAG